UUGAAUAAAUAAUCCUUAUUAUUUGUCCGUAUUUUCUAUAAAAAGACGAAAGCCACUACGACGUAUAAGGUUUUCUAAGCUUCCCGAAAAUCAUAUAUUCCGUCGUUGCAGAAGCUUAUUUAAUCGAUUAUUAUAGUUUAGUCAGUCACUACUAUCGUAACUAACGCGCAGUAAAUGUUAAUCGGUUUCUCUUUCUCUUCAAGCAACGUUGACUGUCAGACCCAUGAAAAGCUACGAAAUCUAAUCAAUUUAGUAUCCCAAGGAACAAUGAUCAACUAGGGAAACAGUCACCAAUUAGGAAAAGUUCAUCGACAUGAUUUGCAACGCAGUCACGUGAAUGUAUAUUAAUGCAAAUAGAAUAUAAUAUGUUAAUAAUAAAAUCAUAAAUUCUGUGACAAUCAAUCUUCUUCUAUCGUAACGUCGCGUCUACAACCAUCGAAAAUUGAGGACAACUGCAGAUUAUUCGUAUGUAGAAUAUUUGCCGCACUAUCGCAAUGUAAUUAAUUUUAUCCUGAUACAAUUGACAUGCAUAAACUACUCUAAGGAUGUUGAAGAUCAGAAUUAAAAGCACGACAAAUCUUGUAAUCUGCAGAUAACGUGAUCACGCUUUUUUUAAUCAUUCUACGUUAAUCCUACGAUUAUAAGACAUACUAAAUGACAUCAUAUACAUAAAUAAAAAGAGAGUGGAAAAUAAGAGCAUAACGCUCUAUUUACGUUGAUUUAAUUGGACGUAAUAUUGACAAUAAACAAUCCUAUGAUAAACAAGUCUAUAAACAAUAACAUGUAAAUAAUGUUUUCCACAAAAAUGUACAGUUCCACGAACGUCCUCGAUCUAUAGUCACCGUGAUCUCAUGUUUUGUCAUACUAUUUGUUACGCCAUAUGUGCCUGACGGCAUAAAUAUCAUAUCCACCCUCGAGUAAGGUAAAAUACUAUUCACGGAUGACAGUAAUCUUUCAUCGACGGUAAGUGAACGAUGAUCGAGUCGGUGGCUGUUUAACGUUGAUGGCUACCUGAUUAAGUUCUUUAACACGUGCCACUUAAUGUUCCGAAGGGACGAAAACAUGGUCCAGUAGAAAGAGAAAUGGGUCGGAACGGAAGAAUGGUCGGCAAAGCCGCAAUAGGAGGAUACGUUAAUAGUUUUCGAAGAGGCUCCGUCGGAAUGGCGUAAGUGUUGUAUAUUUACACUGGCGUUACAGGCUCACACCUGGACGCAAGAAUAGCGCCGCUUCUUUUUCUCCGAAGUAUUUUCUCGCCAGUGCGUCAAGCGGCCCCCUAACAAAGGGGAUCGUUCAUUUUUCUUUCUUUUUUUCUUCGUUUCUUUCAAGUUUCAGACAUCUUUUUAUUAUUACUGCGAUUCCUGACAAUUGUAAUCCGUCAUACAAUUCCUCAGUUCUUGGGUUUUUUCUUUUUUAAGACAAACGUUGAUGUCGCUUCGAUGAUAUUUCACUUCGCUUGAAACAUUCUUGUCUGUUUGAUAUUUCAGUUAAUUUCUUUAUUUAUCUAUGCAAGGAGACACGAGGAAUAAUAUUCGAAUGCGUAAACACGUGUUUUAAGUUAGAAAAACAAACGUUCGUACGCUUGAUGAUGGGGCACGAUGAAUUUUCGCAUUAAGAGAGAGGAGGGACUCUGUGAGCGAAAUCGGAUCCGAGGAAGACAUCAAGAGGGUAGUUUACACCCGCUUUAACUCGGCGAUCGUCGAUUUUCCUGGGUAUGAAGACCGGAACAACGUCGGUAUGCAUGCAGAUGGUGGUCGUAAGAGGGGGUGGUCUAAAAUAAUAAAGAAGCUGGCACGAAGAUGAGGACUGUUUGUGUUUCCACAGACGAUGGCCGAUUCUUAAAUGACGAGAUGCAACUGGAAAAACGUAUAUUCGAAAGACAAUACUUCGAAUAAACGCAUAGUUAUCGAUAGUUUCCUGUUGGCAAUCGUUUUUCGUUCUAGAAAGAAAGAGAAUAAUAAAUGUUGUUUUCUUUUGUUUCUUUCAGCGAAGAACGUAAGAUAUUUUUCACUUCUUACCUCUGUUUCUUUAUCGUUUAAGAUCAAUAAUUUUCAUUACAAAAUUUUUAACCGGUAUAAUAAUUAAACGAACAGCGCUGAUCAGCUAAAAGUGGUACGCUUUAUUAUAAAGGAAUAUUUAAAUAGCGUUAUUGCUUUGCCUUGUAACACAUUAAUCUAUAAUUCUAUUUUGUUCCCUUUUACUUGAUCAAGCUGAUAAAUUAAUCGUGUUACGUGCAUAAUAUGCAUAAUAUAGAUCUAAAGUGAACAUGCGAUUCAAAAAACGGUCGAUUUGAUCUCGUUGUUCAGCUUAUUUGCUAUUAGUAGUAAUAUAUCUGCAGAAGUAUACGGUACCAGGCUUAGUUUAAAAUGAAAUACAAGUACAAUCCUUCAUGCAAGGAAUUACAUUCCAGUUUGAAAUUCCGAUCAAGAGAAUAUCUUUUGGAAAAUACGUUGCAUGGUGUUCCAUAUUUUGUGGAUUCCACACGACCUAAAUGGGAAAGAUUAAUAUGGUUUCUCUUGACAUUUGCAUCGCUAUUAGCGAUUAUAGCUAUAAUCAUAAUCAUCUUAGAUAAAUUUCAAACAGAGCCAACUAUAACCGGAUUAGAUAUAAUGACAGAAAAUGUUAAUAUUGAAUUUCCUCAAAUCUUUGUUUGCUUCGACUGGUUUCAUUUGAAUCAUUCGGAUGUGCCUGAGGAUGAAAUAUAUAUAUACGAAAAAUUGUACAAUUGGAUUUUUGGAAAACGUAUCGAUGUAAAAUCGUUCCCUCUUACUUACAAAAACAAAAACAAUUUUCGUAAAACUUUUGAAGCAAUGGGACCUGAUUGUGACCUUUUAAUUAGUGACUGCGUAUACAAGGGAAUAAAUAUAUCAUGUAACGCACUAUUUAUAAAAGUACAUACGGCUGUGGGGAUUUGCUGUAAAUCUAAAUAUUUAGAGCCACUUAAAAUUCUUGAUCAUUUAAGGAGUUUUGAAUUUAGGAUGUUCAGUUCGAGUUUUCCUUUAAGAGUUUACUAUACGCAACAGAAUGUUACGAGUCCAAGUCCAGGUGAAAGAGCCCUAGUAAAAGCACAUUUUCCUAUAGAUAUUGAAUUUAUUGUUCAUAUAACGUAUACAACUCCCGAUAUUCGUUAUUUGUCUCUUCGACAACGAAAAUGUUAUACUAAGCAAGAUAUAAAUUUUGUCAAUUUUAAUGAUUGUGAAAUGAAAUGUUUAAUCGAUAAGAUAUUUAAAUAUUGUAAGUGUUUACCAUGGUUUCUAUCGUUCGAUGGUAAAACAGAAUGCUCACUUUCAAAGUAUUCCUGUUUCAAUAACGUUAACAUCGAUAUAACUCAAUGUAGCUGUUGGCUAUCUUGCGACCAUGCGUCAUAUAGCGUAACGCAAAUACAAAAUUCUUCUAAAAAUACGAAUCGAGUUAUGUUGAGAAAAUGGCCAACAGCUCUCUACAAGAGAGAAGUACGAUUCGGCUAUUUAGAUUUACUUGUAUCGUUCGGUGGUAUUGCAGGUCUCUUUCUAGGAUAUUCUUUAUUUGUAUCUAUCGAAAUUGGAUAUUAUUUUACUCUUAGAACUUACUGUGGAGCUGUAAUUCAAUCAUCUCGGGAGCAGUACAAUAUCAUGACUGUUCAUGUUGUGGAAAAAAUUCCGCAGAAAGCAGAUACUAAUCAAAAAUAUUAUUUACGAGUCAACGAUUUUACCCUUGUUGAAUGCUGUUAUCAUUCCCGCGCUGUUAAUCCUUUCAAAAUCGCAAGAUCCUUGUCACGAUUCCGUAUUUAUUCAAUGCUUUCACGCAGACGCACCACGAUCCGCAUCGGUAAUUAGAAGCGCGCGUAAAUAAUAGAGUCUUUCAAA